GGGCAUCGGAGUGCAAAACAGACAGACUAUACACCCUCUCUGUCUGAUCAUUCGACCGACAUUUCAUCUGUCCGUCUGCUGUCUCUAAUCUACCGUGUUCGUGGAUAGAAUCGCGUCACACCAUCUCCAUCAUGCAAGCCUUCAUCGCUGCCGCCGCAGCCGUCCUGUUCAUCGCGGUCGGAGGAGCCGCAGCCGACCGCUGCCAUUUGCGGGAGCUCGACCUGUGCGUCGCUAGCGGCGCGGGUAACAACAAAAUCUCCACAACAGAAGCUGACGUUGAUAAGCAAUGUGGCGUUAUGCAAGAGGUGAGCGAAUGUUUCGGGAACUAUACGAAAUCAUGCGCCACACCAAUCCAACGAGAGCUCUUGGGACUCGUCUCCGAAGGAGCUCGUGACGUUCAGAAGAAGUUCUGCACUCGAGGCGACAAGCUACGCACGGAGUACUUGAAACACGCCCCUUGUCUCGCUAAAGCUCAGCCUCAAGGCCGCAAAUGCCUGAACGACGUUCAAGCCGGUCUCGAGAAAAUCGAAGAAGCAAAAUUCGCCGACAGAAUAUCGACCGCUUGCUGCGUCUAUUCGCGAUACAGCGCCUGCUCUACGAAAACUGUUGAGUCCGCUUGUGGUAAAGACGCAGUUGAGUACGGAAAUCUUCUCGUCCGUCUCGCGACCUCAAACCUUCUGGAUGUUGUCUGCCAGAGUUAUCUCAACAACCCUGUAUGCGACACCCUUCUGCCGCCACCCGGGACGAAGGCCAGGGGUAACUCCAAAUCCAUCGUGUCCCGUCUCUUCAACGCUUACGUCUCUUCCUAAGAGCUCGAGAAAAUAUCCCACAAGGAUUCCGACCCAGCGUGGACAGCUCUAAACCUCACCAUUGUAUAUUCCGUUGCCCUGAGCGAAUGCAUGCAAUAAAAUCGGAGGGUAUUUAUAUCAGAAGGCAA